UGUAUUUAUUUUCGUGACCUUGUAUUACAAACCAAUAGAAUCCGUUUACUUUUUGUACAUUCACUAAAAAAGCAUCAAUUUUAUUCGUGGAAUCGUCGAAUAUUUGUAGUUCAAGUUGUAAAUUUGACCUGUGGUGGAAGAAAAAAACCCAGACGAGGGAAGUCCGCGACUAGUCUACGUUAACUCGGUAUUAAGCGUCCUUCAAAAUGUUCUCGAAGAUAAAGUGGCAAACCAGAGAUUCAGUUAGUUGUGUCAAGUGGUAUAAGUAGGUAGUAUAACCAAAAUUAAUAAUGACAAAAUUAUCGUAUUACUUAGUUACGUACUGUAUAGUGUUUGUUUUUGUUUGGGAUCUGAUCAGUUGUACGAAAUACAAACUAUGCAUAGUAGAUGGAAAAACUUUUAAAAAAUCGUUGAAGUAUUGCCCCGAGCUCGAUACCGAUCCAGAUAGUAAAGUAGAAUGUAUUGUAGCAUUAGAUAGGACUGAUUGUAUGAGACAGGUAUUGAAAGGUAAAGCUGAUUUUUCAGUUUUUAGUCCAGAAGAUUUGGUUACCGCGAAUAAUGAAGGAAUCCAAAUUCUAGUUACGAACGAACUUAGAUUUAGUGAUAUACCUUACGAAUAUGAAAUAGUGGCAGUUGUCGAUAAACAUUCUGGAAUAAAAAGCAGACAUGAUCUCAAAGGUAAAAAAUACUGUCAUCCCGGUUACGGUAUUGAAAGGGAUUGGCCUAAAGUAUUAGCGAACUUUUUUGAAGCGUCCGUCGUUACUCAAUCAUGUGAUCCGAAAUUACCUCUAUUCGAAAAUCGGAUUAAAGCCACGUCUGAAUUUUUCCAUUCCACGUGCAAAGCCGGGCCGUGGCUUAACGACCCGUUACGCGAUAUGCAACUCAAAAAAAAAUAUCCUCAGUUGUGUUCGUUGUGCGACAACCCGGAAAAAUGUUCUACCGAUGAUAAAUAUUGGGGGAGGAUAGGUUCUUUAUAUUGUUUAACAGAUGGCGCUGGAGAUGUAAGUUGGUCUCGUCUCGAUGAUCUACAAUCUCAUUUCGGACUGGGUUCGAAUACCCAAGAACCAUCAGCGGAAGAUUAUUUAUUAUUAUGUCCCGAUGAUACGUUGAAGCCUUUGAAUACUUCAAAUCCAUGCGUGUGGGUCGUGAAACCUUGGCCGGUGGUAGCCACAAGAAGAACUGUAGCUGAUGAUAUACAAAGAAUAGUGUCAUCUUUAAAGCAUACGGAUAGGAAAUCCUGGAAGUAUAAUUUGUUGAUGCUUCUGGAAUCAUCUUACGUAACAUUACAUAAGUUACCGGAAAUAAAUGCUAUCGAAUCUUAUUUAGAUCACGCUACAGGCUUUUUGAGCGCGAAUAGUUUUUCCGGAUGCCAUCCGCCGAGAACCAUAACCGUUUGUACUACCUCAGUUAUAGAAGCAGCUAAAUGUUCGUGGAUUAGAGAAUCGGCAACAGUUUACGGUAUAGAGCCGGACCUGGAAUGUAUAAAAGCUGAUAAUAAAACCCACUGUAUGAUGGCUGUCGAUAAACAUCUAGCGGACGUCGUAGUAGUACCUUCCGAUCAAGUACAUCUGGCGCAAAAAAAAUAUAAUCUUACGACUUUAUUCUACGAAACAGUUUCGAACGAUAAAAAAUAUUUAACCGUAGCUGUGGUUAAACCCGAUUCGGGAAUAAAAAAAUUCGGCGAUUUAAAAGGGAAGAAAGCUUGUUUCCCAAUAUACGAUGGGGUGGCUUGGAAUACGGUGAAAAAUUUGAUGUUCAAUAAAAGUUUGAUUAGUACGUGCCCUUUGGACGAGGGGAUCGCUACUUUUUUCGGACCUAGUUGCGUCCCCGGUAUAGAUAACGAAAUUUUAAAGGAAACAUGCGAAGAUGAUUUCGAAGGAGAAUUCGGAGCUCUCCAUUGUUUAAUUAGUGGUAAAGGAGACGUCGCUUUCGUAUCUCAAAACUCUAUUAGUAAUUUCAUUGUUGUUUCGACAGGUGCUGGUUCUUCUGUAUCCGCGAAAGAUUUCGAGAUAUUAUGCGAACGCAAAGACGAACCGUGUCAUUUGAGUUGGUCUCCUAUCGGUCACGGUAUGAUCAGAUCGAAUUCGACGGAUUUAUGGAAAAAAGAUACUUUGGACGUAUUUCUUCAAUUGGACGAAUUGUUCGGAAAAAAUUACAAGCCUCUAACCGAUCCUAUAACUAUGUUUGGUAGAUUCGAUGACGUACCUGAUUUGGUGUUUCACGAUGAUACUCAAAAAUUGAGGCCGGUACCGAACGAAAAGGAAAACGAUCCCAUGCCCCGGCUUUACGACAGCCACCAAUACGUCGAUGAAAAUGUGUCCCUCAAAAUGGCGGAAUGGUUAAUGUGUCUUUUGAUUUGUAUACUAUUUUAUUUAUCGCGUUUAUAGGAUAUUUUUCGAAAUUUUUAUGUUGAUUUAAGAAGAAAAAAAUUGCGUGGUUAAAAAAGUGUAAAAGCGUGCCAUACUUUUACAAUUUUUAUUGAAUUUAACUGAGUUUACUGUGAUAUAUGUAAAAAAAUAAAAAUAUCUUUUGGUUUUUGUCUUUUU